AUGAGCCUCGCUGUGCAAGUUGAAGCUCCUGAGACUAAGAAGUUUCGGUCAUCCUUACCAACUCAGGUAGUCGUGGAAAAGCCAACAUUUACAUAUCAAAACAAUGGUAGCCCAUUAGAUGAUGCAGCAAAUGGAGGCCAGUCUCCAGCUGGUCCUUCAUCAGCGCGUUCAUCAAGCACUACUUCUUACGUGAAAGAUGAACGUGAAGAAUUAUGCGUAAGCGGUAAUAAUAGCUCAAAUAAUUUGUUGUAUCAAAGAAAUGGGCAAAGUUUCGUUGACGCACUUUCCACUGCAAUGAUCUUUCAAGCUACUAAUGCAUACAUUAAACAAAUGCAACCAACAAGUCAUAAAGGUCGUGGUAAAUCGGCUACUCCAUCUGUGCCACCGGGACCGCCUAUCCCGGGAGCUAUAGCCGCGGCAUCGUCACCAGCAGCGGCUUUGUUUGGGGAAGAUGAUUGGUCAUGGCAUCGCAAUCCAGCAGCAGCGAUUAGAAGUGGUGGAACUAAUAAGCAAACUCCAGUCUGGAAAUUCUUCGUUUAUAAUAAAGCUGAGAAUUUGAGCAGAUGUAUUGUGGGUAAUUGUACUUACGUGUUGAAAGGGCCACACACGAGUACACUUGCGUGUCAUUUGAAGAAACAUCCACCUCAAUAUGCAGAAUAUCAGAAACUGAAAGCAGUUUACUCUCGAGAUCGUUUAAGUAACAUCAGCAGCAAUAAUUCCUCUCAAAUGUCGCCUUCACCAGCCCCUGUCUCAUCAGCUUCUGGAAUCACUUCUGUGAUGAAUACUGUUGUUAAUAAUCGUACAAAAAUUCAUGGUAAUGGUUGUGUGAAUAUUGUCAGCAACAGUAUGCUAAAAAGCAAUAUUCAUGAUGAAUUCUCAUCAGGAAGUGCUGUGACUUUUAGCAAAAGCUACGUUUCUAGCAUUUCAUCUCCUGGAAAACAAUCCAAUCAUAGCGUCAGCAAUAUAUUAGACGUUUUGAAUGCGAGGGCGAGUGUAGCAGCUUUGGCCAGUGGAAAUGGACAUUUGUUACAAAAUCCAGUGGCUGCCAUUUUUAACGAUCAAGAACUAGACCAUGGUUCAAAUCUAUCAGAUUUAUUAACGGCAAAUUUGUUAAUGGCAGCAAGCAGUAAUGCCACUGCCAGUAAUAACUCCAUCGUAACGUCAGGUAGCAGUCGAAGAUGGAGCCGAGAUGAUAGGAAGCAGAAAGAAAUGGAAUUGAAGCUAGCACUAAUGCUGUCGGCAAGUCAAAUACCUGUAAACAUAAUUGAAAAUUCAUUCUUCCGAGAGUUUAUGGAAUACGUACAGCCACGUUUCUCGAUGCCUCGUGAUGUUAACUAUAUUGAAGAUAUAAUAAAUAACGAACAUUCCCGAACAGUUAUCAGCUUGAAAAGUCAACUGAAUGCUGCAAAAAAAGUUGCUAUUAUGAUGGAUGUCCUGAAGUUGAGUGCUCCAACAUCUUCUGCUGCACUUUCCGCAAGUGCAGACGACAAAGAAGACUCUAAAGAUUCAACAUCCGUACAUUCGGAUAGUGGUUUCGAGAUAUCCGAAGAGAAUCACUCGGGUAUCGAGUCUCCUAAAUCGUCUUCUGCAUUGCGAGCUGAAGAAGUUCGAGCACUGAUGCGACUUUGUGUAUCUGUUGCCUUCUAUAAUCCACUGACGCAACGAACUGAAGUGGCCCUUUUGGGUGUUCGACCCUUAGUUGAUCAUUUGAAUAUCGUUGAUGCUGUCAAGAUCACUCUUGAUCAGGUUCUUUCCGAUUUUGAUAUUCCAAGCAACAAAGUUUCCCGUUAUAUUUGCAAUGACAUAUGUGAGUUGGUUGGAAGUAAUAUCCCAGCAGAAGCUGUCUUUCCUCGAAUGCUGGAACCCUACAAUCAAAAAUUGAUGCAGUCGCUUUUAAAUGUAAUUGAUACAAAUGAAGGAAUCGGGGACUUGAAGAAGUGCUUCUAUAGCAUGAUCCUGAACUUUCUUACAAGGCCUAAUGCCAUGCAAAUGCUACAGCAAGCAGCUGGCCGUGUAGUGUCAAUCCCUAUCGCAGAUUCAUUCCUUGUACUUAUCGAUGCCAUAAUCGAGUUGAAAGAAGCAUUCCUUUGUGUUUGUGCUCAGUUGUCACUUGAAUAUCCUAUCGAAACAAUUACUCAAUCUCAGUGGCAGACUUUGGAAGACGUUUCUCGGUUGCUGAAGCUUUUUCAUACUCACAUGAAUGUCGUUCAAGAUGGUGUUUAUGCUACAAUCGAUGGUGUUGUUCCAUCUUUAAUGCAGCUGCAAGAUUUCGGAACAUUAGGGGAUUUAGCAGAUGAAUUAAGAAAAGAGUUACGAAGACGAACUGCAUCGGUGCUGGAUAUUAAUCAUGCAAAUUUUGAUGGUACAUUCAUUCAAGCAACAGCUUUGAAUCCACACCUUGCAUUGUUGCUAGAUGAUGAGCAGUUAGCAUUUGCGAAAAGUGCCAUCGAGCGACAGCUAAAUGAGCGUAUGCGUCUUGCGGAAGAAUUAGUUGCACGUCGAACGGCAAAAUUAAGUGGUGGCGUAGACGCAUUACUUGCAACGGUUGUUGAUCGUGCCGCUGCUGCUGCAGCCGCGACUUCUUCAUAUGUAGGAAAUUCUUCGGUCAUGAACAAUUGUAACGCAGUAAAAAAUGGGAAAAAUUGCGGGAGUGUUAUUUCAAGUGCGUGUGAUUCGUUACCGUGUCAGAACGUCACAGCAAGUACUUCCCUCUACCCUGAUCUUAUUCAUGCUGCAAAUGAACGGCGGAAAAUGAUGAAAGAAAAACAGCAAGAAGCUGCGAAGAAUCGUUACGUUGAAGCGGUUGUGCAGUCAUACUUUGAUGAACUUGCUGCUGGAACAAAUCAAACUUCGCCUUCACCACUUACUGCAACAACGGUUCCAUUGCCAGUAACUAUAAAUAGUCGAAAUUUAGCACCUUUACAGUAUUGGCAAUUUAAUGCGGUAAAAUAUGGAUUGUUAGCUGAUAUUGCAACGGAACUAUUAACAAUUCCAUCUUCUACUGUAUCAUUAGAACGAAUUUUUGCAACUUCUUCACCUGAUCUAUCAAGUGUAAAUAGUAUGAAUAUUUUUGGUGCAGGUUGUGUUAAUUUUGAUCCAAUGAUUCUGAUUAAAUCAAUUGAUGAACCAGUACGAAUGGAACGCGAUGCGAUGCUUCGAUUCAAUCGAGCACUGUUUUUACGGUUCUGA